GUGGGGGGAGGGGAACGGCCGCUAAUUAGCCAUGGCGGAGCAGCCGCAGCCCCGGCGGGUCGGGAUCCUGGGAUACGGAAAACUGGGACAGUUUUUGGUGUCCCAGCUCCUGUCCCAGGGGCCCCCCCUGGGGCUGUCCCUGGCCUUUGUCUGGGCCCGGCGCGGGGGGGCCCUGGAGCCGCUGCCCCCCGCCCUGCGCCUCGCGGACCUGCGGCAGCUGCCCGCCACCGGGGUGCACCUGGUGGUGGAGGUGGCCCAUCCGUGCGUGGUCCAGGAGCACGGCGAGGACAUCCUGCAGCACGCGGACCUGAUGGUGGGGUCCCCGUCGGCGCUGGCGGACGCGGACACCGAGCGGCGGCUCCGGGCCGCGGUGGCGCGGGGGGGCCACACCCUGUACGUGCCCAGGGGGGCCCUGUGGGGCUGCGAGGACAUCGCCAGGCUGGACCGCGCGGGGACACUGCAGUCGCUGACGGUGUCCCUGACGGUGUCCCCGGGCAGCCUGCGGCCGCAGGGCCAGCUGCGGGAGCGCUCGGUGGCCGCGGUGGCCGCGGGGACGGCAGUGGAGCUGUACCGGGGGCCGCUGCGGCCGCUGUGCGCGCUGGCCCCCAACAACACCAACGCCAUGGCGGCCGCCGCGCUGGCCGCGCCCGGCCUGGGCUUCGACCGCGUCACCGCCCGCCUGCUGGCCCAGCCCCGUGUCCCGGACUGGCACCUGCUGGAGGUGGAGGUGACAGCGGUGACCGAUGGUGGCCGCGCCCUCAGUGUCCCCCUUGUCCCGGACUGGCACCUGCUGGAGGUGGAGGUGACAGCGGUGACCGAUGGUGGCCGCGCCCUGACCGUCACCAGCAGCCGCCGCAACCCCGCGGGCCACGGCGACGUCACGGGCAGGGCCACCCUGCAGAGCUUCUGGAUCAGCCUGCAGGACUGCACCGGACACGGCGGCUGCGUCAAGUUCUGCUGAGCCGGAGCACCGGGAACCCCUCGCCUCCCCCACCUCGGGGACAUUUUGGG